UUUUUAGAUGUUUGGUAACUUGAAGACCUCGGAGGAUAUAGUUGUGUUCGAGGUGGCAGGGACUGGCCAAGACUUCAAUGUAACACGAGUGAAACUCUGCGAGGUGGUCGACCAGGCUCGGUGGCUACGGCAGAUGUCGUGGUGUAUGAAGAUUUUGGUAGUGAGUGAUGACAUAGAUUUCCUCUCUGCCUUCGCUGAGUGCUCCCUCGAAGGUCGUCUUCUGGUGUGGUCGAAUAGGCUCCUCGCUGUCACCCGCCUCUCCCUCCAGCAGCUACAGCAACUACACGAGAUUUUCUCGCAGACAAAUUCCAUACUGCUUCUCGUGAACGACAUCGCCGGAUAUUUACAGUGCAAUAUGUAUAUACACCUUCCAUAUACACCCAGAGAUACCAAGGCAUUACAGAUUGCCUACUGGACGCCCAAACGAGGCCUCGUACUUACAACCCACCUUCCUCUCUUCCCUGACAAGUUCUUCAAGUUCCUUCAGAAGACAUCACUAGUGGUGGCGGCAGAGCAGUAUGAGCCUCAUGUUAAUUUACUCGGCCACGAGACACUUCAGGGUACAGAAGUAACAUUCUCAGGACCUCUGAUUAACCUCCUCGAAAUAUUUUCCCACAGCAUAAAUUUCUCGUACAAGAUAAUGCGUCCUCCUGACGGAGGUUGGGGAGCUAAGAUGCAAGACGGGACUUGGAAUGGCAUGGUGGGAAUGGUUGCCAGGAAGGAGGUUGAUUUUGGUCUUGGCCCGUUUGGUGUUACCGCUGUUCGUUACGAAGUGGUGGACUACACAAGGCCAGUAGUGAUUGAUUACGGCAGGAUCAUGGCCAGGCGGGGACGGUCUGAGGUGGAUCCCUGGGGCUUUGUGUUGCCCCUGGCACCCCUAGUGUGGGCUGCCACCCUGACGGCGUUGCUGCUGCUACUCAGCAUACUGUUCCUUCUCUCAAAAUGUUGCUCUUACCUGCAUAUCAGACAGGAUAAUAAGACCUACGGUGUUUUAGACUACUUACGAGUGUUACUGCAGCAAGAUAUCUUAGUUGAGAAGGGCAGCUGGUGGCAACGUAUGUUACUGAUAACUUGGAUGAUGGUGACGCUGGUGUUAACACGGUGCUACUCUGGUAACCUUAUGUCUCUCUUGUCUGUGAGAUACAGCCUUCAGCCCUAUCAGUCUCUCCAGGAUGCUGUGAAUGAUCCCUCAGUGGCUUUGAUCUGGGAGACAAGCACAGCAUAUAUUCAGGCGUUGAAAGCAAGUUAUUGCUUUGCUGUUAUCCACUAAUUAGCUCUAGUUUUCUUAAAUACAAUGGAAAAAAACUGAAGACAUAAAUGAAUUAUCUAGCUACAUCUCGUAAGAUUAGAACACGAAAUACUGAUCCGUGAGAGGUAUACCCAAUCUCUGAAGAUCCCAGCCCUAAUUUACCUUUAAAACUUAUAACAAUCAUGAAUGGUCAGGAUUAUGAAGAUGUUCAAGUAAUCUCCAAGUGGCCCAGGAGCUGUAGCUCCGAGCAGGAAUUCAAUCUAGUUUAAAACAUUAAAAUCUUAGACGAAUGAGUGGUAAUGUGAAGAUAUCCUCAGGAGUGCUUAGGGGCUGGGCAUAAAGGAGUAGGGAUACCUUUCCCGGAUCGCGCAUGCAACUUAAAAACGCUUGGUUUAUAAAUACAUUUAAAGAGUGCGACAUCCGGCAUCUAUAAAGCAGUGGCGGACUUGGACAAGAAAGGGCGAAAUGUGUAUAUGAAAUAUUCCUUGAUCCCUGAGAGUAUUGACACACUGGUGAGGCGAGGCGAUCAUGUCCUCAUCAUGGAGGAGCUCACUGAGGAAGUUUUAAUCGCACAAGACUUCUCAA